AUGAACGCCCCAGCACAGAUAAAGUCCUCUCCUUCCGGCGGCGGCACGUUCGACUGGCAGGAUCCGUUUCACCUUCGGGAACAGCUUCAGGAAGACGAGCAGCUCAUCCAGGACACGGCCCGCGCCUUCGCGCAGGAAAAACUUCUUCCGCGCGUGAUCGAUGCCUAUCGGGAAGAAAAGACCGACCGGGGCAUCUUCAAUGAAAUGGGUGAACUUGGCCUGCUGGGUGUCACGCUGCCGGAAGAAUACGGCUGCGCCGGGGCUUCCUACGUUUCCUAUGGGGUUGUCGCACGUGAGAUCGAGCGCGUCGAUUCCGGAUAUCGGUCAAUGAUGAGCGUGCAGUCCUCGCUCGUCAUGUAUCCCAUCCAUGCCUAUGGCUCCGAAGACCAGCGACAAAAAUACCUGCCAAAACUGGCGAGUGGCGAGUUCGUCGGAUGUUUCGGCCUGACCGAACCGGAUGCCGGUUCUGACCCUGCCGGAAUGCGCACCCGUGCGGAAAAAACGGAUGGUGGAUACAAGCUCACCGGCACGAAGAUGUGGAUUUCAAAAGCGCCCAUCGCCGAUGUGUUUGUCGUGUGGGCGAAAUCGGAGGCCCAUGACGGCGCCAUCCGCGGUUUCGUGCUCGACAAGGGCAUGAAAGGCCUUUCGGCGCCAAAGGUCGGCGGAAAACUUUCGCUGCGCGCUUCCAUCACCGGUGAAAUCGUCAUGGAUGGCGUCGAAGUCGGCGAAGAUGCUCUUUUGCCCAAUGUCUCGGGACUGAAGGGACCGUUCGGUUGCCUGAACAGGGCACGUUACGGCAUUGCAUGGGGCGCCAUGGGAGCUGCAGAAGACUGCUGGAUGCGCGCGCGCCAAUACGGCCUCGAUCGCGAGCAAUUCGGCCGGCCGCUGGCGCAAACACAGCUGUUCCAGAAAAAGCUUGCCGACAUGCAGACCGAAAUCACCCUGGGUUUUCAGGCAGCGCUGCGGGUCGGGCAGCUUUUCGACGCGGGCCGUGCCUCACCGGAAAUGAUCUCGAUCAUCAAGCGUAAUAAUUGCGGCAAGGCCCUGGAGAUUGCCCGCCAGGCGCGCGACAUGCAUGGCGGUAACGGUAUCCAGGAAGAGUAUCACGUCAUGCGGCACAGCCAGAACCUUGAAACCGUCAAUACAUAUGAAGGCACGCACGACAUUCAUGCCCUGAUCCUCGGCCGUGCCCAAACCGGCCUGCAGGCAUUCUUCUAA